AUGGCGAUGGCGAGUUUAGCAAGGAGAAAGGCGUAUUUCCUCACCAGAAACGUAACCAGCUCUUCCACUGACGCUCUCAGAUUCUCCUUCUCCCUCUCCCGUGGCUUCGCCUCAUCGGGAUCUGAUGAGAACGACGUGGUCAUCAUCGGCGGCGGUCCCGGCGGUUACGUGGCAGCGAUCAAAGCGGCUCAGCUUGGCCUCAAAACCACGUGUAUCGAGAAGCGCGGCGCACUCGGUGGUACUUGUCUCAACGUCGGAUGCAUUCCCUCGAAGGCUCUUCUUCACUCUUCACAUAUGUACCACGAGGCGACGCACUCUUUUGCCAACCACGGUAUCAAGCUGGGUUCGGUUGAGGUAGAUCUUCCUGCUAUGUUGGCUCAGAAAGACAAUGCGGUCAAGAACCUGACUCGUGGUAUCGAGGGUUUGUUCAAGAAGAACAAAGUGACAUACGUCAAGGGAUAUGGUAAAUUUCUCUCCCCGAAUGAAGUCUCCGUGGAGACGAUCGAUGGAGAAAACACCGUUGUGAAAGGGAAGCACAUCAUUGUAGCUACCGGCUCAGACGUCAAGUCUCUGCCCGGGAUUACAAUCGAUGAGAAGAAGAUUGUUUCCUCGACUGGAGCGUUGUCUCUAUCCGAAGUCCCGAAGAAGCUGAUUGUGAUUGGUGCGGGUUACAUUGGGCUGGAGAUGGGUUCUGUUUGGGGUCGGCUUGGAUCAGAGGUCACGGUUGUUGAGUUUGCUGGUGAUAUUGUUCCUUCGAUGGACGGCGAAAUCCGCAAGCAGUUUCAACGGUCGCUGGAGAAGCAGAAGAUGAAGUUCAUGCUCAAGACUAAAGUUGUAUCCGUUGAUGCCUCUGGAGACGGCGUGAAGCUCACAGUGGAGCCAGCUGAAGGUGGAGAGCAGACUACACUCGAAGCCGAUGUUGUUCUUGUCUCAGCGGGGAGGACACCGUUCACGUCUGGACUUGAUCUGGAGAAAAUCGGAGUGGAGACUGAUAAAGCCGGGAGGAUUCUAGUGAACGAGAGGUUCGUGACUAACGUCUCAGGCGUCUACGCGAUUGGAGAUGUGAUUCCGGGACCGAUGCUUGCUCACAAAGCCGAAGAAGACGGUGUUGCUUGUGUGGAGUUCAUAGCUGGCAAGCACGGCCAUGUGGAUUAUGAUAAGGUUCCUGGUGUUGUUUACACGCAUCCUGAGGUUGCUUCGGUUGGUAAAACAGAAGAGCAGCUGAAGAAGGAAGGUGUGAGCUAUAAGGUUGGGAAGUUUCCGUUUAUGGCUAAUAGUAGAGCUAAGGCCAUUGAUAACGCUGAAGGAUUGGUUAAGAUUUUGGCUGAUAAGGAGACGGAUAAGAUCUUGGGUGUUCACAUUAUGUCGCCAAACGCUGGAGAGCUGAUCCACGAGGCGGUUCUUGCGAUUAACUACGAUGCGUCGAGUGAAGACAUUGCUCGAGUCUGUCACGCACAUCCUACUAUGAGUGAGGCUCUCAAGGAAGCUGCCAUGGCCACUUAUGACAAGGCUAUUCACAUAUAA